AUGUUAAUGUUUGGGUUGAGAUCGCUAUCUGACUUUUGUAACCCCACAUCAAAAACGUACAAAGAAAAUGCAUUUGACGCGUUGGAUAGAGGUGCCGUGGAGUCCAUAAAGAACGCAGUAAUUAAUUACAAGGACGAUGAUGAUAUUCUUUUUUGCUCAAGUAGAGUACUCUUUGCGAUGUCGGAUUAUUGCUGCUCGGAGAAAGACACAGAUGCUUUGCAAAAGUUAAUUACAGAUGGUGGUGUGAACGCAGUUGUAGAAAUUAUCAAAACGGUUCCCUCAGAUCAGGAUACCUUAAAAAAUUGUAUGCUGUUUAUUCAGAACAUGAAUGAUUCAAAUGUUCAAAUAGAGGGAGGAGACCUCGGUGUUGCUUUACUAAAUGUGUUUACAUCAAGCUCAUAUAAUGUCAAAUUGGGGAAUGUAAUAGUGUCCACAUUGUCUGUUGCGGCUAAGUCUGCUUCGGGUUCUCAGAUCCUAAAUGCAGAGGGAGCACACCAUAAAUUGAUAGAUCACUGUCUAUCAUUGCAGGCGAUAAAUGAUGAUACGGCUGAAAUUGUGGAGGGUGUGUUUGACGCUAUUAAAAAUUUGUCCUCAAACGGUUAUGUAGUUCCGACUAUAAUUGAAAAAUCCGUUGUCAUUUUGGACAAAUUUAAAUCGUACCCAAGAAUUGUUUCCAAAGGAAGUGAUGCUAUGAAAUGUGCUGUGGGUCCAGAACAACUAACUGACUGUCUGAACAUUUUAAAAACAUCAGAGCAGGGAUCAAAGGAGCAGGACUCGGCACUAGAGUUGCUGAGUUCUCUUUCGUAUAUCUCGUCCAUAACAGAUAAGGUAGUACAAUCUGGAGGAAUCCCAGUGCUUGUAGAAUUAAUCAAUAGUGGUUUACAACAGUAUGAAAGUAAUCCUGAGAAAAUUUCUAGAUUAGUAGCUGGGGCGUCUAGGAUGUUGGGAAGGAUUUCCAAUAAUCCCCCUCAUGCCGUCAUAGUGUAUGAGUAUGGAGGCAUUGCAACGCUUUGUACCGCGUUGUCUUACUUCCCCAACGACGUCGAUUGCGCAAGUGCUGUGUGCAAUGCGCUGAUUCCGUUCGUGUCUCGAUCUAACUAUGUGAAAGAAAUAAAUAGCUACUCAUUGUUCGCUUCUUUAUUCCCAAUAUUGUACGCGUCUUUGGAGUCUAUCGAGUUAGCCAAGGCGAGUAUAUCCUGCAUAGCCUCCGCUUCGAUGAUUAACGAGUUUCACGAACAAAUGGUAAACAAUCAAGCGAUUGAAAUUUUGUCUACGUGUAUUCAGUACCAUUUGAACGAACGAGAGUACCUCUUAAAUUGUUUUACCGCUUACUUCAGAUUAUCAGAAUAUAUAACGACGGUGGAGCCGAUUAAUCAGUACGGAGGGGUGACAGGAAUUGCCAAUGCGUUGGCCGCUGUGAGCAAUGACAGCACCAUUUCGGAAAUUGGCCUAAAGUUGAUAAACAAGAUGCUGACCGCUUCGGACGCCUUGAGCUAUUUGAGCAAUCAGCAGGUAGUCGAUUCGGUGUUGACGGUUAUGUUGGAAAAUGAAACGAAAGAAGUGAUCAUUCAAGAGGGGACCAAAAUUAUGGAGAAGCUAGCCACUGAAAGUGACUGUCAGAGGCAUAUAUCCAAUUUGGAGUCGAUCAUAAAUUUGGCUCAGUCAAACCCGGAAGCUGCGUACAAGACGUUGGCCGCAAUUUCGGGGCUGUCUCGAAUUCAGUCCUUAAAAAGUAUACUAGAAUCGAAAGGUGCUGACAACUCGAUAUAUAACGGCAUGAAGGUGUGGAUCGAAUCCCCUCGGUUUACCGAACAACCCAAGUUAAUCAAAGCAGCGCUGAAGACGAUCAAGAUAUUGAAACUGAAUGCGGCGAGUACCAUCCACGAGGUGAUAGCCUCCAUAGUUGAUGUUAUGUGCAUUCCUCAAGUAAAGAGACUUGCGGAGAUUGAAGAACCGGACGACAACAUUUUGAUUACGGCCGCGGAGUGCAUAAACUAUUUAACCGAAAUUAACAAGAUAAACAACAAGGAAAUUGUAGAAUCCAGUUUAGACAGCAUUUUCAAGUUGAUGAAGAAGUAUUCAGAGUCCCGGUUGACUCAGACGAAUCUGCUUGCAGCGAUAGAUAACAUACUGCUGAGCAGCAACGUGAUUGGCGCGGAUGUGCUGGUCAACAAGGGCUAUGUGAAGCAGAUUGUCACGUAUAUCCACAAGGUGCCCAUGUACGUGGACGUGCAGAUAAUUGGAUUUAGCGUGUUGGGGAAUAUUGUAAAAAUUAGUUCUGAAUCGGUAGACUCGAUAAAGAAGGCCAACACGUUGGUUCCACUUCAGAACGCGCUGCGGACACACGCGAAGAAUGCUAAGCUGAAGACGACGUGUGCCCCUCUGCUGGCAAUGCUGAUGCCGUUAGACUCGCUAACCAAAGAAAUUGAGGAUCUUCUAAAACUGUGCAAUGAAUCAAUGAGCGAAAAUGACCUCAUCAAGCUGCAUGAGUAUUUGAUUUCUCUAAACGAGUUGUUGCUAACCGCAGAAGCGAGCAAGAUAUCUUCUCGUUGCAACGUGGGCGAGCACCUUCACCACAUGAUUCAGUGGUUGAAGAGCAACCCGACAAUUUACCAGUCGACGGAGGGUAAGGACUACAGCAUUUUAGGGCGAAGUUUGUAUGACGCCACGAUAUCAGAAGUUGGACAUGCCUGCACGAACAUAUCUCAGACAAGAAUUGGAUUGGUGCAUCUGACGAAGAGCGAUAUGACCUCCGCGCUUAUAGAGGCAUACGACCUUUUGCAGUUGCCAGUAAAAGAUUACACGGAAGAGGCGGUUUCGAAUAUACUGGAGAGUCUAAGUUUGCUCCUGAAGCAUGACAUUACCAAUGCGGAUAUAGGAUUUAACAAUGGGUUGGUUAAGAAGCUGUGUGCAGGAAUUAACCACUUUUCCGAAUCGGACGCGGUCAUUAAGAGCACAUUUGGGUGUUUAGCUUGCAUGUGCACGAGCGAAAAGCGUGUCAACCAGUUGAUUAGCCACCCGGAGUAUGACAAGCUGAUAGCGCUGAUUGUGGAUUUGAUAGGCAACUCGGAGAAGUACAAAAACUCCAGGGGAAACGCCAUAAAGGCGCUAUAUGAGCUUCUAAAAACGGAGGACGCGCAGAUAAUAACAAAUAUUGCCAGCAUGACGCCAAUUGUGGACAACCUGUUUAAGAUUAUGGGAGAGUACCAAGCAGAUUUGCCCAUCGUCCAGGACAGCACGAAAUGUCUGGCCAUCAUAGCGGACUAUGUGAACAUCGAGGAGAAGAUGAAGAUAGACCAGUACUCAGCGAUAAAGAUAUUGCUAGAAAGUUUAGGCAAAAAUAAGAAUGACGAAUUGACGGCCCAGGAUAUUCUCACCGUUUUGAUCAAGCUGUGUGAUAGCAAUGACAAGAUGAAGUUGCGAGAAUUGGGUGCCGUGGAUGUCAUUUCGGACGUCACCAUGAUUCACAGUGAGAAUGAGGAGAUCUCCAAGUUGGGAGGAGUACUAUUUUCCUACAUGGGAGCCGACGAACAGGUUAAGAAGUUGAUGAAGUUGAUAUUGAAUGUGAAAUCGAGUGACAGCGAUUCGGUGCAAAAGAUAGACAACCUGAGCAGCAAGUUAGAGAUGUUCUUGAGGGCCCCUCUGGAAAACCCCUUGGAUGCACUGGAAUAUACCGAGGCUACACUGCAGCAGCUGAAUGGGUAUUUGACUUCCCAGUUGGAUAAUGCGUCUCUCCAGGCGAACAUCGCAUUGGUGACGAAGCGGCUGGUGGAUCGUGUGAAGUAUGACCAUGAGGAUCAGCUGGGGGCUUGGGCGGUCGCCUCUGCAGGGGUGUUGAACCAGUACACGGAUAUGAUAGCGAACAAGGUUGGGUUAGCCAACUGCAAAUUUGUGUCUCCUGUGUAUAGCGUCCUGGCGGGAUGUGUAUUAAACCCGUACACGAAGCAGCUGGUGUUGGAUAAGUUGGCCCCAAUACUUGACAACACGUACGAAAUUUUGGAGGAGUACAAAAACAAACCGUACGCCGUGCAGGGCAUAUACGAGCUGCUCGAACAGGUGGCGAAGGACGAGGAGGGUGCCAAGUUGCUGUACAUGAAGUGGAAUGGCUCCAUGGGUAACUUAGUAGAGCAAACGCUGGCUAUCAUGAAUUUGAACCGGGCGAACGAUUGUGUGUUCGUGCCGGGCAUCAAAUUACUGGGUGCCAUUGCAGAAACGUCUAACGCGUCUGGAUAUGUGAAUGACAUGGAUAAUGCGCGCAUUAUAGAGUCCUGCGGGAUGUUGCUCAAUUUGGGAUCUAGCAAAGACAGGACAGUGGAGUUUAUCAAUUUCGUAGACACCAUGGUGGUGUCGAGCUUGAUAGAUGAAAAAGUAGCCUCGGAAACGUUGAAGAAGAUUAGUUCCCUAGUAUCGGAGGAGAAUUUAUCCAAUUAUACCGAGCAAGGUCGUGUAGAAAUUAUCAAGGCGUAUGCAACUCUGUUGAAGGACUCUGCAUCUACUGGGUUAUUUACGCACAUUCGCCAGACGGACAAGACGGACGCGUUGAACAAUUUAGCGAGGCUGAUGGAGUAUGAGCCAUGUGACGAGGUGAAUGUCGCCACGUUGGAAGCACUGAGUGAGAUAGCCACGUGUGACUCGUCCACCUCGCUGAAGAUAAUAACGUCAGCUUUGCCAUCCAUUGUUCAGAGUAAUCACGAGAAUUUAGUGAACGACAACGCGACGGCAGAGAGUUUCGUUCAGACGUUGGAGAAGUUGGUCGUGAAGGAAGGCAUAGGGCGACAAAUCGCGAACAAUGAUGAGAUGUACAAGUUGCUGGAAGAGUUGGAGAUCAGCCUCGACGGGAAGAAGAAGGAGUUGGGAGAAGAGUACGUGGAUAACAUAAAGAUGAGAAUCUGCACUGUGCGUAAUGCCAUAAAUGACGAUAUGCCAAAGGAGAAAACGUGCAAAGAUAUAUACGACAUGUUGACAGAGUACAAGUUGAAGUCGAUGGAGAUUAACGUUCUCCUCGACGGGUCCUUGGAGGACGAUAUGAAUUAUGUGCUGGAGAGGCUGAAGGUGUACAACAAGGACAACCUGUUGCCCACCACGGAAGCGGGAACGGACAAUUCGUACGGCUACAUGGCGAUUGAAAUAUUAUGUGAGAAUAACGACAAUGUGAAGGAGCUAGUGAAGAAGGGAUUCCACACGAGCGCUUUUCAUUCGCUGAUUAAGCAAGCAAAUGAAAAUGUGAAGCAUUACUCGUGCCGUGCUCUUUGCGCCCUUACGAAGAACCCAAUCGGGUUGGAGCAUGUGAUUAAGGAGAUAAAGGAAUAUCCAAAUGUGAUUAGCAAAUCGGUUGGCGAUCUCUGCAUGGAGAAGACGCUUGAGAAGGAGGAUAAGGAGGACUUCCUCAUCAAUCGUGUUUUGCUAAUAGAUAGGACGGCUCACAACAGAAAUGUGUACGAUCGAACGAAUGCGGUCAACCAUUUGAUAGAGAUUUGGAACCAGUACGAUCAUGGGGAUUACUCCGUUUCGCUGCUCCGCCACGUGUUCCGAGCGAUGAGGAAGAUCGUGUCCGAUGCGCACGUGGAAACGUUGCUAAAGGCGGACGUGUUGAUUCGACUCACCGCCAUUAUUAACAAUGUAGAGACGGACAAGAUUAUAUACCCAGAUGUGCUCUUCCUGAUAGGAAGCUUAUCCGUGGUGAAAGAAAUAAAGACGCAGAUUGGGAAGAUCAAGGGGAUAGAUGCCUGCGUGAAUUUGCUGCUCAGAUCGAUGAAUGUGGAGAAGAUGGAGCCCACCAUUACCAACUGCUGUUUGGCGCUAGCCAACAUGUGCAUAGACCACAAGGGGAAUUCGAACAUCUUCUGUGCGUUGAAAGGUCCCGACUUGAAUGUGCGAAUAUUGAGGGAGUAUCGCUCCAAUUUUGACGUAACCAAUGGCGCCUCCGUUCUGCUGUGCAACAUUCUGUUCAGAAACGAAGAUAUGAAGAGGACCUACGGAACGAACGGUGCUCCGGCUGAGUUGGUCCAAUGUUUGAGGAGCUACGAUGGAAGUGACAACAAGAACGCAGUGAGGUGUAUCGAGAGUUUGUUUAAGGCCAUUUCGAAUUUGUCUCUCUACACGGCAAACGUGAGGUACUUCCUAGACGCGCAGAUCGAAGUUUCCUACGAGUCCUGGUUGAACAAGCUGAACGAGUCUUUCCCAGACGCUGAGUUGGAAACGGGCCUGCGUACGCUCUCCAAUUUGGUUAUGGAAAAUGAAGAGCGGAACAUGAAGAAUUUUGGGGUAACCCUAAUCCCCGUGUUAAACGUUCUGAAGCAGAAUAGGGAGAACACCAAGGUUAUUUUUUUCCUGCUGGAUAUUCUGUGCUCGCUCUGUAGGCACCAUGAUAACGCCAAAAUGUUUUCCGAAAAUGGGGGCAUCGAGACGACCAUAAAUGCAAUUCAGCUGUACGAUUAUGAUAUUAGCUUGCUCACGUUGGCCAUCCACUUGCUGAGCAAUCAGUGCAAAAUAGAGUCCAGCUUACCUCUGUUGGUGAAGUCCGACACGUUUGGAAUUUUAAUUAGUUGCAUGGAAGCCGAGACGGAGGAGUUUGAGAUGACUGAGUUGGUGGUCUCCGCGCUGAGAUGCAUCCGCCGCUUAAUCCAAUCGGAGGAGUUGGCCUACGAGUUCUGCAACUGCGGUGGUGUGCCGUCGAUAGCCAAUUUGAUAUGCAAAUCGGUGAAGAAGUCCAUCGUGAUGUUGGAGGCGUUACGUGUGUUGCUCUGCAUUCUCUACUACACGCAGAAUGUGGAGGGCGUAACGAAUGAGUAUCCAGAAGAGGAAGAAGAGCUGUUCAAUGCCAAGUUGGGAGGCUGGUACAAUAUCAGCAUGGACAAGGAAAUGAUCGACACGAUUAUCCAAUCCGUGUUGACGUGUGCAAAUGAUUUCAACCAUCAGAAGCAGCUUCGUUUGCAGAAGGUGUCUCUGGGGCUGUUGGCCUACUUUGCAUACCACAGGUUGGGCAUCAUCUCGAUGACCGCAUCGGGGUUUGAUAGUUUGACUCGGGAAAUUUUGAGCAACUUUGGGGGGGACGUUGUAAUUAUGCAACUGCUAGCCAUUUGCAUUGACAACAUUGCCAUGUACUCGGCUGAGGUGUACGACAUGACAGUCUCUAGGGAUAUAAUCAAAGGGUUCAAAUCGUCCGUCUCGAAGAUGAGCAGUAAAAAGGAGGACAAGCAGAUCGUGCAGAAAGUGGAGCUCACUGUGGAAGCGAUGAACUCUGCCGAGGACCCCCUCGAUGCAUUUAAAGAUACGCUGCUAUUUUUCGAUUUCGGCUUGUCCGAGUUUGACAAAGACCCGUACGUGAAUGGGGUGCAUGACCUCUCCUCUAACAUAAAGGACGCGCUGCGCAAGGGAGGAGUGACCAAGAUAUACCACAACAGCGAUAAGAGGAAGCCGUUCAAGUGGAAGGCCAGUCAGGAUCUCGGCACCCUGGAGUGGACCGUGGGGGAGGACUCGGAGCACAUCUUCAAGAUUUCCGUGGUGCGUAUUAAGAACAUCUCCAAGGGGCUGGCGCACCCGCUGCUGAGGGCCAGCAACAAGAGGGAGCCCCGCAAGGUCAACGCGAAGGUGACGCUCUGCAUCUACGGGCCGCCCACGGAGGACUUCCCCGAGGGGCUGGAGUUGCCCAUCAAGGCCAAGACGCAGAAGGAGCGCGACGCCUUCGUGGACCUGCUCGUCCUCUGGCGCGACGCCGCCAGUUACAACUACUAG